AUGUCGGCGGCGGACGUGUUGGUUCUGCAUCCCCAAGUGGGCCGCUGUAUCCCGGAGGAGGAGCUGCCCUGUAAGCCCUGCUGUAUCACCAAAAACCUGGGGCUUCACUCCACCUCUGGGCUAUCCACCGCCGGAUUCCGCACAGCCAAGUACAUCCCCGAGGAAUGGCACCAGAACAACUUCUCCAAGUAUUACCAGUCGUUCGCCGACAGGGACACGGCCGAGAACCUGCGCCACGAGUCCAAGAAACUCAUCUCGGACACAGAGAAGCGCACUCAGGACACUCAGGCUGAGUCCACCAAGAGGCUGGGAGAGCGUCUGCAGGACAUCUUCUUCUGGAAGUCGGAGCUGAAGAGGGAGAUCGAGGACCUGACUGCAGAGACAGAGCUGCUCCGGGAACAGAAGAGACGCCUGGAAGUGGCAUUAGACGCCAAUGAGAUCGCCUUCUUCAUCACCAACGAUAACCUAGAAAACAGGGAGAGGCGCCAGGGCCCUGAUCUGGUCAAAGACGAGGUGGAAGAUGAACUGAUCAGGGAGCUAGAUCUGAUUCAAAAUGUGCGAGGAGUUUUGAAAAGGACCCUGGAUCAGGCCAUUACUCAGAUAAGGAAGAACAGAGAUGCCAAGGAGCUGAUGGAAAUGGACUGGUCGGACAAAUACGAGGCAUACAAAAUAGAUGUCAAGGGUGGUGGCCUCAACAACCAGAGCACCAACAUUCAAUACCAUCCAAACAGCUCCAAAUUUGAGGACAACACUUCGACCCCUGAAUCGUGGGCCCAGUUCACCCACUGCAACAUUUACAAAGGCGAGCAAGAGCGGAUCAACUCCAUUAACUUGCGCUCCCUGAUAGAUAACGUGCUGCUGGAGACCUCGGAGGACCUGCGUGAGCAGUAUGACAGGGUCAACGCUGCCUUUAACAGGCGCCUGGAAGAGAUGAGCGACGCCAAAGCCAAACUCGAUCAUCACCUGCGGAAGAUCCUUGAGGAGAUCGCUGGCCAGGAGAAGAACAUCUCUUAUCUCAAACAAGCCAUUAAGGACAAAGAGGCUCCACUGAAGGUAGCUCAGACGAGGCUCUAUGAGAGGAGCUACAGACCCAACGUGGAGCUGACCAGAGACACUGCUCAGAUGAACUUGGUCUGCGAGGUGAAUGAGAUCACGGAAUCCAUUGCGUUCCUCCAGGGGAAAUUGAAGGAAGCUCAGAUGUCCCUGGAGAACAUGGAGAACACACGCAUGUCCCUGGAGAAGGAAAUUGCGGUCAAGUCCAACAGCCUCUUCAUUGAUGGUGAAAAGUGCCUGAAACACCGAGCUCGAUACCCGACCGUCGUCAGAUUCAUGGGCUAUGAGUGAACUAAGUUUAUUUGAAGGAGCAAAGAUGCAAAGUGCAAGCAAUUCAGCUGUUGAAUGUCAAGAUUCAAAUUUUUUAAAGUGUUUUACCCUGUGUUUCAGCUCUUUGAUUUGGUGCGUGGGCGAAAUGCAGAAAAAAACCCAAGUUAAAUUGGGAAUGCAGUCCCCCCUUGAAAAAGUCAAAUGAUUAUCAGCCAAAUUUACUGGAUACAUAAAAUAGUACUCUAUUUCAAAGUAAACAUAUUCUUAUGACAAUCUUGUGCUUUGAUCUGCCAGACUCUCAUUCCAAUAAACUGCAAGACUAAAAAUA